AUGAACCUUACCAAGAUUAUUGCCCACCUUGCUGUGAUUGCGACCGCAAUGGGAUCGCUCGCGGAAGCAGGUAACAUCGCUCAACAGGCCCAGCAAAACAUCUCGAACGCUGACACCUACACGAAGACGUCUGGAGCACCCUCGACCAAACCAGCCAAUGUUGUCCUGACCCCAUGCCCUGAAAAAACUACCCCCUCUACGACUCCGGCUGUCACUCCUGCACCGACGACACUUUCGCCCCAGCCUGUCACUCCCGCGCCUACUACAGCGAGAGAUGUCGAUCAAGGAAAGGGAGAUAACGCCGACCAAAAUAACUCGCACGAUAAGGGAUCGGCCAACAGCGGAGGGUCGGGUGGCGAAUCUGGCGGCACAGACGGUGGUGUACAGUCCGGUGCCAACGGCAAAGGUAAUGGCGGGAUCUCCGGAUCUGCUCAAGGCCACGGUUCUGCAAACGGUGGCGUUCGCAAUGGUGCUAGCGGAGGCGUGUCUGGGGGCGUGGGCGGUGGUGCCAACGGCGGCAUCGGAGGAGGCGUGUUUGGUGGAGCCCAAGGCGGUGUUGGCGGCGGAGUGAGCGGCGGCAUCGGAGGCGGCAUCGGAGGCGGCGUGUCUGGCGGUGCAAGCGGUGGCGUUCGCGGUGGUGCUAGGCGAGGCGUGUCUGGAGGCGUGGGCGGUGGUGCCAACGGCGGCAUCGGAGGAGGCGUGUUUGGUGGAGCCCAAGGCGGUGUUGGCGGCGGAGUGAGCGGCGGCAUCGGAGGCGGCAUCGGCGGCGGAGGGUCUGGCGGUGCAAGCGGUGGCGUUCGCGGUGGUACUAGCGGCGGCGUGUCUGGGGGCGUGGGCGGUGGUGCCAACGGCGGCAUCGGAGGAGGCGUGUCUGGUGGAGCCCAAGGCGGUGUUGGCGGCGGAGUGAGCGGCGGCAUCGGCGGCCGCAUCGGAGGCGGCGUGUCUGGCGGUGCAAGCGGUGGCGUUCGCGGUGGUGCUAGCGGAGGCGUGUCUGGGGGCGUGGGCGGUGGUGCCAACGGCGGCAUCGGAGGAGGCGUGUUUGGUGGAGCCCAAGGCGGUGUUGGCGGCGGAGUGAGCGGCGGCAUCGGAGGCGGCGUGUCUGGCGGUGCAAGCGGUGGCGUUCGCGGUGGUGCUAGCGGAGGCGUGUCUGGAGGCGUGUCUGGAGGCGUGGGCGGUGGUGCCAACGGCGGCAUCGGAGGCGGCGUGUCUGGCGGUGCAAGCGGUGGCGUUCGCGGUGGUGCUAGCGGCGGCGUGUCUGGCGGUGCUGGUGCUCAUGGUUGGACUUGGUGA